UGGGCGUCGGUGGAGGCGAGCGGCUGCAAAAUCGGUGCUGCUGCAGGCUGCCUGCUCGCUCCCGAAAUGUCUGCCGGGACGGAAAAGUGACCCAGUUGUUGCUGCUGCUGCCGGAGCAACGAGGAACCCGGAGGAGCCUGAGGGAACCCUGAGGAACCCUGAGGAACCCGGAGCAGAGCUGAAUCUGGAGGGGAACCCGGCUGACGUGACGGAUUCUCACCAUCUUCUGCCCGCCUCCUCCUGGACUUUCUGUUUCUCCUGUUUGUGCUCAACUUGAGGUUUUUCUUCUUCUCGUUUCCCGGGGGUCUGAGAGAGGCUGCCGGCGGUCCACGGGCCGUCCCACGAGGAUGAGGCGCUAACGAGGAGAGCGGCUGGAAAGAUGCGGGCAGCAGGAAGUGUUCCUCAGGACGCGGCAGGGAGCGUUCAGGGUCGCACGUCCACGCCAGUCCACGUCCUCCUCUGGCUUUAGCCACCAUGAGAAAACCUUUUGUGUUGGGAUCCUCUUGAAUCUCCUGCAGCUGAAGCUUUUGCUCAGUUGAAGCGACAUUUAAAAAAAAAAAAAAAAAACAUUUUAAAAAGAAAGGAGCUGUGUGGGUCUGAUGUGUGGACUCGGGGUCGGAGGCAGGAUGGAGGGCAGGGCUUCAGGCGCGAGGGCGGCCCUGUGGAUUCUGGGACUGUCCUGGCUGUGGAUGGCGGCGCAGGCUCAGAUGAAGAUCCCACCGGAGACGGUGCAGCAGUGGGCCUCUGUGCUGUCGGUUCAGCUGCGACAGGUGACGGCCAGAUACUCCGGCUCUCUGCUGCUGCAGAAGAAACUGAGAGACGUGGAGUCCAUCAUCAAGAUCGUGCAGCUGGACGGCACAGAGCUGGUCAGAGAUUAUUCUGACGAAAUCGAACGCAUGUUGGGAAGCAAGAUGAAGUCGGUGAAGAGACUGGCCGAGUCGGCAGAGGACGCCGACUUGUACCAUGAAUUCAACGCCUCUUUAGAGUUUGACUACUACAACUCCAUGCUGGUCAACACGGCGGACGAGGACGGAAACUACGUGGAUCUGGGCGGGGAGUUUCCCCUGGAGGAGAACGAGCACUUCAACAACCUGCUGGUCAACACGCAGCAGAGCAACAUCCAGGUCCCCACCAACGUCUACAACAAAGACCCCUACAUCCUGAACGCCAUCUAUAACUCGGAGGCGCUGAACGACGUUUUCAUCGGUAACUUCCAGAAGGAUCCGACUCUCACCUGGCAGUACUUCGGCAGCUCCACCGGGUUCUUCAGGAUCUACCCCGGUAUCAAGUGGACGCCAGACUCUAACGGCGUGGUGGCGUUUGACUGCAGGAACCGCAACUGGUACAUCCAGGCGGCCACGUCUCCUAAAGACAUCAUCAUCAUGGUCGACAUCAGCGGCAGCAUGAAGGGGCUGAAGAUGACCAUCGCCAAGCACACCAUCAACACCAUCCUGGACACGCUGGGAGAGAACGACUUCGUCAACGUCAUCGCCUACACAGACUACGUGCGCUACGUGGAGCCGUGUUUCAAAGGAACGCUGGUUCAGGCCGACCUGGACAACCGAGAGCACUUUAAGAUCCUGGUGGACGAGCUGCACGUUAAAGGAGAAGCCAAGAUCAAGAAAGCCAUGAAGGAAUCCUUCAAAAUCCUCAACGAGGCGAGGGCGAACGGGCAGGGCAGCAUGUGUAACCAGGCCAUCAUGCUGAUCACAGACGGAGCGAUGGAGGACUUUGAGUCCGUCUUCGAGGAGUUCAACUGGCCUGAGCGGCGGGUUCGGGUCUUCACGUAUCUGAUUGGUAGAGAAAUGACUUUUGCACAAAACACCAAGUGGAUCGCCUGCAACAACAAAGGUUACUACACACACAUCUCCACGCUGGCCGACGUGCAGGAGAACGUCAUGGAGUACCUGCACGUGCUCAGCCGGCCAAUGGUCAUCAACCACGACCAUGACAUCAUCUGGACCGAGGCCUACAUGGACACUGUGCUGCCAAACACAAAGGAGCUGUUCGCCACCAAGGCUCAGAGCCUCCUGCUGAUGACGUCUGUGGCGAUGCCGGUGUUCAGCAAGAAGAAGGAGACGCUGUCCCAUGGGAUCCUGCUGGGCGUGGUCGGCUCCGACAUCCCGCUGAUGGAGGUGAUGAAGCUCGCGCCCAGAUACAUGCUGGGAGCUCACGGCUACGCCUUCCUCAUCACCAACAACGGCUACAUCCUGGCCCACCCCGACCUCCGACCUCUGUAUAAAGACGGAAAGAAACUGAAGCCGAAGCCAAACUACAACAGUGUCGAUCUGUCUGAGGUGGAGUGGGAGGACACAGAGGAGAUGCUGAGAACAGCCAUGGUGAAGGGAGAGACGGGCAGCCUCAGUCUGACCUUCAGAGCCUCGGUGGAUAAAGGGAAAAGACCUCUGUACCUGGUCAACGACUACUUCUACACAAACAUCGACGACACGCCCUUCAGCUUCGGCAUGGUGCUGACCAAAGGCCACGGGCAGCUCAUGUUCGUGGGGAACGUGUCUGUGGAGGAAGGCCUGCAUGACCUGACCUCACCUGACCUCACCAUCGCCUCCGAGUGGACGUACUGUGAGACCGACAUCGACCCUCAGCACCGCAAAUACACCCAGCUACAGGCCGCCAUCCGCUACCUGCUGGGCAAGGAGCCCGACCUGGAGUGUGACGAGGUGCUGCUGCAGCAGACGCUGUUUGACGCCGUGGUGACGGCUCCUCUGGAGGCCUACUGGAACGCCCUGAUGCUCAACGACGGAGACGGGGUGGAGGCAGGGAUAGAGACGGCGUUCCUCGGGACUCGCGCCGGCCUGAUGAGAAUCAUGAGAUACGCAGGAGUGGAAACCAGAGUGGCCAAGAAGUUCCUGACUGCAGCUGAUAAGGACAACCUGUUCACCGUCGACCAUUUCCCCCUGUGGUACCGCCUCGCCGCGGAGAACCGCCCCGGCAGCUUCUACUACUACCCCGUCACCGAGAAAGCAGAAAAACCCACAGACAAACAAAGAGUGAAGUACGUGGUGGCGACCACGUCGGUGACCGUGUCGUCCGGAGGGAAGACGGCCAUGGCUGGAGCAAUCGGGGUUCAGAUGUCCUUGGAUUUGCUGGAAAAGUGGUUCUGGGACAUUACCAAGCAGCCAAACGACACAGAUUGCUCCACCAUCGAGGGAGUCUGUCCUCUGAGCUGCGUGAGCGGGGACCUGAGCUGCUUCCUGGUCGACAACAACGGCUUCAUCCUGCUGUCCAAGGAGAGAGGCGACGUGGGCCGUUUCUUCGGGGAGGUGGACGGCUCGGUCAUGGCCUCGCUCAUCAAGAUGGGCAUGUUCAAAAAGAUCUCUCUGUUCGACUACCAGGCCAUGUGCAAGAACAGCCACCACCACGCCAGCAGCGCCCGGACCCUGCUCAGCCCGUUCCACGCCAUCCUGGCGCUGCUCAGGUGGUUCUUCUCCAACGCGAUGAUGUUCCUGCUGGACUUUAACCUCUGCGGCCUCUGGCACUCCGACUACUUUGUGGACGCCAAGGCUGGAUAUCACACAUCUCAUAAGCAGAAGAAGGUGGAGGCGAUGCAGCCGUGUGACACGGCGUACCCCGGCUUCAUGUACGACCCGUCCAUCAGAGAAGCCAACAGCCUCAUCAAGUGUGGACGCUGCCAGAAGAUGUUCGUGGUGCAGCAGGUUCCUGACAGUAACCUGGUGCUGGUGGUGACCCAGGCCGACUGCGACUGCUCCCGGCAGUACGGACCCAUCCUGCUGCAGCCCAAAGAGAUCAAAUAUAACGCCACGGUCAAGUGCAACAGGAUGAAGUCUCAGAAGGUGCGGCGGCGCCCGGAGUCGUGCCACGCCUACCACCCCAAGGAAGACGCUAAGGACUGCGGGGGGGCGUCGUCCAUCUCCGCGUCGCUGUCCCUCUUCUCCGCCUCGCUGCUCUUCUCAUUGGUCCUCCAUCGCCGGACGUAAACCGGAAUCCACCAAUCAGGAUCCUCCGAGGGACGAGGCGAGCGGAACCAGGACGUGGAGGAAAAGUCUGGACUUGUUCUGGAGCAGCGAGGCUUCAGGCUGGAAAACAGACGUCUCCCUUUUAUUUAUUCAUUCAUUUAUUUGUUUGUUUGUUUGUUUGUUUGUUUGUUUUCGGAGCUUCAGCUGCGUCUGGAGCAGCGAUAAAGGGCUAUUUCGUAAAAAUAUAAAGACUCGUUUCUUCACCCGGACGCUGAAUAAGAGACUGAAGUGUGAAAAAAAAAAAAAAAACAGUCCCGGGUUUGACCUCGCUCCUCUGCCGUAGUUGGAUAGACGGACGUCCUCGCCUCGCCGCCGAGGAACACAGACUCUGGGCGGGGGGAGGGGGGUAGCGCCCCCUGCUGGACAGAUCGCAUCAGUGCAGCUUCUAUGGAGAAACGUUGCCAUAAACCCGAAACAAGAAUGUAGCGUCUUUUUAGCUUUUUGAUACAGAAAUAUUUACACUUUGUAGAGUUUUCUGAUGAAAUGUUUUACCAAAAAAAAAAAAAAGACGACAGGAAGGCUGAGAGAUCGCAGACGUGUGAAGGAGAUUAUUCUGAAAAGAAAGAUUAUCGAACCCCAGAUUAUUACACAGCAACAGGCCAAAGUGUCACAUGAUCCAAACCAGCUGACAGGAAGUAAAGUGGGUUCCUGUCGGGCUUUUGCUGGAAACUCAGUCGAGUCCCAGCAGCGCUUCACGUUCCUCCUCCGAGCCGAACCGUCAGGGUCACAUGAUCACCAGGUGUGUUUCUGUCCCACUGAAACCAGCACUCAGUGUGUUCCCUCUGCUGGACCAAACCUCAGAAAAUAUAAAUACUAUAAUUUACUAUAAAUACUGCUAAAAAAAAAAAUGCUUUAGUCUACUAUUUUUACGCUUAAUUUUUCCAAACAGGGAACUUUCUGUGGUGAAAUUAACUGACAAACAUGAGAGUUUUAAUCAGCGGCACAAGUCAAAGAGAUUUAAUUUGACUGGAAUCUGAGCGGGACGUCCCGAUCGGGACAGAGACUGCAAACUGUUUCAGCAUCGAGAAACUAAAAGGGUCUAAAAGUCUCCGAUGAUGCACUCAGUUAACCUGCUGUGAUUGGCUGAAUGCCGACCAAUGGUCUCCGGUUCAUUAGCAUGUAAUUUACUUUUAGGGCGGAGCUUCUGGCAAAAUCAUCAUGUGACACUGAGGAGGAAGUGACUGAAGUGUUUGAACGGAGAUUUGUGUCUCGAUGGGUUUUGGGUUGAAGCGGGUUCGAAUGUCUUGAAUGUUCUGAUCCAACCAAAUAAACUGUUUUUAAUUUUUGGA